AUGCCGCAGGCGGCGACCGCGGAGCACCGCGGGGACGGCGUCGACCGGCGUAACGCCCACCACGAGCGAUCGGCCCGCGAGAGGAGCGAGCGCGAGGCGGGAAUGAGGGCGUUCGAGCCGCCGCCGGACGAGGAGGGGGCGGUGGAGCACCUGAGCGCGUCCGUCGUGCUCGCGGCGGUGGAGGAGAGCGGGCCCAACUACCUGCUGCCGAAGGCGCCGGAGCCGGUCAAGUCGCGCCGGAAGCGGCUCAUGGUGGAUGAGGCAGCAAGGCAGGCGGGUCAGGUGAUCCUCGAGACGGGCACGCGAGUCGAGAUCUUCGCGGAGGAUUCGGGGGAGGAGAGGUGGUGGCCGGGGACCAUCAUGGAGCGGACGGAGGACACCGACGGCCGGCUCGUGCACCGCGUCCAGUACACCAACUUCGAGGGCGACCGGUACUGGCACGUGCUCGACGACGAGCAGUGGCGCAGGGUGGCGGACACGGGGCCAGAGGUAGACCACGCCCGCGCUGGCGCUGGCGACGCGGCACUCCGCGACGGCGCGAGCUUGGCGGCCUCCAGACUAAUGAGGUGGGACAACGCCCGGGGGGAGACGGCCGGCGGGGCGAGCGAGACGACCGGCGAGGCGGGCUCCGCCGAGACGACCGGCCAGGCGGGCUCCGCCCCUGACCUCAACUGGCCGGGGCGGAGGAGGGUGCGGCGCAGCGCCGCCAUGGAGCUGCUUCGCACGCGGGACGAGGCCGAGCAGCGCGAGGCCAGGCGGCCCGACGACGCACCGAUGCUGUCGCGACACAGCGCCACGCUGUCGCGUCAUCUCGUGUGGGUGCGCCGCCUGCUGAGGGAGUACCUCGCAGAGCUGGCGGAGGACAGCCUGUCGGUGCCGAUGCAGCGCACUUCCCGCGGCCUUCACCCGACCAUGCGGUGGACGGUGCAGUUCGGCGAGUGGCUGGCCACGACGCGGAUCGUCGAGUCGAGGGCGUGUAAGUGGCACCUGGCCGAGGAGCAGUCGGCGGGACAGGCGGAGGCGACGGUGCGCAGCGGCCGGGGCUCGAACACGGUGUACGUCGCACUGCAGCACAUGAAGAACCACGUCUGGCGCGAGCUGUGGCCCGCGAUGCCGGCCGACGCGAGGCAGUACUGGCACUGGGUGACGCGGCGCGUGAUGGGGAUCUUCGACGGCGGCGGCGGCGGGAUGCGACAGGUUGCAGAGAAGGCUGGGAGGGGAGCGGGACAGGCGGCGGCGCAGGCGAGCGUCGCGCGAGGCGAGGGCGUGGAGCAGCAGCAGGCGGCGAGCGCGAAGGCGAGCGCGGACGCGACCCGGCAGGUGGAAGCGGAGCUGCGCGCGGGGACGACCCGCCCGUGCACGAAGCAGCACCUGUUCCAGGCGGGGGAGUACCUGCUGCAGGACGCGCACCUCUCCGAGCCCUUCGAGGUGAACGUGGCCUUCAGCAUGAGCGCGUACGUGUGCCUCGCGAGGCAGACCGGCUGCCGGCCCGGGAUGACGAUGAACGACGCGGACGACCUCGCGAACACUACCAGUCACUGGCACGAGGUACCGCCGCUUCGGAUGAGCGACUUGCGGAUCGACAUGGACAACGAGCUGGGCGGCGCGCAGACCGAGGGCGCGUUCCGGGCGCUCUGCAGGAUGCAGGUGACGUUCAAGCGGAAGAAGGGCGAGUACUUCGCACACUACGCGUUGGCUGGGGGCUCCGCGACGGCAACCCUUGAGGCGGCUGGUCGGCCCAGACUCCAGUCGUACUCGUGGCGCGUCGUGCGAAGUCCGACAGGUUCGGCACCGGGCACCGCCUCGGUAUACAACAAAAUGCGCCUGCGGGCGGACCUUACAGAUCACAGAUCACCAAACCUCUUCCCGCCCGGGCAACUGAAGCCGGUUAUGUACAUGGGCCGAUCGCUGGUGCUCGUCUCCGCUACGAGCGCCGUGGUUCUCGCCCUUUUCAUCAGCGAACGCCGUCGCCGUCGCCGUGUCUCACCGUCAGCGCCGCCAUCCUCUCUGCCGUCCUCGCCACCGUCGACACCAAAAGCGUCCGCCUCCGAAGCCGCGACAUCGCUCGAUCCAAAGACUGGAUAUCGCCAGCUCGUGCACAUCCUCCGCGAGCAGAACAAGAGCGUUGUGCGUGAUUGGGAGGCGCGCGAGUGGGCCAAGGCCAAGGCCAAGGUGCAGGAGCGGGUCGCCCGCGCCGAGCGAAUGGAGGCGGAGGGCAUCCCGGACCCUGUGCGAGAGAAGUCGAAGGCGCUUCUCGCGGCUCGCAAGGCGCGCGAGGAGGCGGCGGCGGCGCACGGUUGUGACGAGCCGGCAAAGGAGCCUGCAGGGCAUGCCUGCCGCAGGAAGGAAGCGUCGGCAGGGAGGGCAGGCGGAGCCCUGCCGGCGAAGGCUGCGCCGCUCGCGCAGCGGAACCUGAUGCGGCCUGGCGGCUCCAACGCGAUGACGAUCAAGGAGGAGCUCAAGCGGUGGCCGCACCCGCCGGCGUGCGCGGGCUGCUACGGCGCGCUGGUGGAGCACAGCUGGCCGCUCUACUUUGACCACUUUGACUGGCUGGACGAGAUGGCGUCUGCGUACCUCUUCUCUGAUGCGGGCGAGGUGAUCCGCUGCCUGCACUGCCACAGCGGCACGCGCGCGGGCUUCAUCCCGAAGAAGGAGAAGCAGCUCGCCGUCUUUGACUUCCAGCUGCAGUGGCUCACCGCCGUGCACGCGGCGAGCCUCCGCCUCCCUCCCUGCUCCCGACUUCGCGGUAGAGGUGACCCGCUCCCCAGCACGCAGGCGAGCGGCCACCCGAGCGUCGAGAAGACCGUCCGCGUGCUGUGCGACUACUACCGCAAGCUCACCAGCGACCGGCCGGCGAGCGAGGCGGAGCUCUUCUGGCGCAACCGCACCGGCGUCACCGCGCGCCGCAGCCGCGCUUCGCUCGGCAACACGCUGCCCGGCAACCACCUGCCCAGCGCGGAGAUGUGA